UAAAACCAAAAUAACUAGUUCAGGUAGUGAUAGUGGGUGCGAUAGUAACAACAGCGACAGUGGAGGAAGUGACAACGAGAGGAACAAGGAUAACACACCAGGAAACAUAUGUGUCACCAUACGUAAAAGAUCGCACAUUGUUCAUUCUUAUGAUUUACUGCGAUUUGAAAAGCGAAUGAUUGGUCAGACAACUUCCGAUAAUCAGUUAUCUUCAAUUGUUCGUGGGAAAAUAGGACAUUGUGAUAUAGUUGGUGGGAAGACCACUCAAAACACAUAA